UGGAUCUCUUGCAUUGGCAGGCGCAUUCUUUACCACUAGCCACCUGGGAAGCCACCCCUUAUUGGAGCCAACCUGGAUCUCUUGCAUUGGCAGGCGCAUUCUUUACCACUAGCCGCCUGGGAAACCGCCCCUUAUUGGUACUUGGGCACAAUAUGGAAGGGGGUCAUGGGUCUUUUGGAGCCAUUUCUUAUGUCACAGAAGCAAAGUGUUGAACCUGUUCCUUUCUCUGCCUUUGAAGUUUUGCUUUGAGAUGCUUUUCUCCCAAGAGAUUUCUGAAGUGAAGGAAGACAUUGGCCUUUAGAGGGAAGGGCUGCAGCUAGCCUACUUACUAGGCAAGCAGCGGCUCACGUGGCUGUCUCUGGAUUCCUCCUGGAGGUGCUGUGGUCUUCUGAGACCAGGCCUUCAGAGGUGGCCUCUUCCCUAAUUAGCUCUUCUGUCCUGACCAGUCUCAGGUCUCCGCCUGAUUAGGUGAGGCAGGGUGGGAUUGGGUCCCUGGGAUUUCCAUGCUCUUCCCUGGCUUGGGCAGUGCUUGUGUGUGUGUGCUUAGUGGCUCGGUCAUGUCCGACUCUGUGAUCCCAUGGACUGUAGCUGGCCAGGCUCCUCUGUCCAUGGGGAUUCUCCAGGCAAGAAUACUGGAGUGGGUUGCCAUGCCCUCCUCCAGGGGAUCUUCUCAACCCAGGGAUGGAACCCAGGUCUCUUGCAUUGCAGACGGAUUCUUUACUGUAGGAAGGUGGGAGUCACUGUGUGUUUUUCGUGGUCUCAGUCCUCUGGUGGCCACUGCCUGACUUGUGAGGAACUAUGGGAGGAGCCUCAGCAGACCCCGGUGGUGGCAGAGCUGGUCCUCCUGUUCCGCCAUCCUCCUGGAUGUGCUUCCUUCAAACCCUGGGCUUGCUGUUUAGAAGUACCCCCACCUCCUGGUAGAAGGAAGGUCUAGGACGGCACUGUCAAACAGAAAUAUAGAGGGAACCACAUAGAAGACUUUAAACUUUUCUGGUAGUUUUGUUAAUGAAAGGGAAAAGAAACAGGUGUGUCUUAGCCUCCUCAGGCCGCUAUAACAAAAUACCACAGACGGUGUGACUUAACUCUUCUCACAGUCUGGAGGCUGGAAGUCUGAGGUCAGUAUGCCAGCAUGGUCAGGUUUUGGUGAGGGCUGUCUUGCUGGCUUACAGAUGGCUGUAUUCUCACUGUAUCCUCACAUGGCCUUUCCUGGUGCUUCAGGUGGGGAUACUGGGGGCACUGUGUUUUGUUUUGUUUUGUUUUUUUUGCUUUCACUAACCCCAUCAAGGGGGCUCCACCCUCAUGAACCUCUAAUGUUUUGCAAAGACCCCAUAUCCAAAUCCCAUCACAUUGGGCAAUAGAGUUUCAACGUAAGAAUUUUUAGGGGACAUAUUCAGCCCAUAAUAAGGGCAAAUUGACUUUAAUGGUAUAUUUUAUUUAACCUAAUGUAUAUAACACAGUCAUUUCAACUUGUAGUCAGUAUUAAAACAGACUUUUUACGUUCUUUACUGUCGUCAAAAUCCAUGGCAUAUUUUAUACUUACAGAAUGUCUCAGUUCAGACUUUGUACAUUUUAGAUGCUCAGUAGCCUCAUUUUGCUAGUGGCUACCAUAUUAGAUGAUGCAGGCCUAUUCGAAAAGGCAGAAUGGAUGCUGCAGUCAUGGUAUACAGUGCUUGAUACAAGAUCAGCCUUAGUGAGUUUUGCAAGUCUUCUGUGAUCCGUGCCUGGCCAAAUGUCUUUGGGAAACAAGUCAUUGGCUCUUGCCUUGCAGAGGAUAUCCCAGACACGCAUCUGUGUAUCCCCCAAGAAUCCUGACCUCUGUCUGUGUGCUUGGGCUUUAGAUCAGGGCCUGUGGGUUGGAGAGUAUGCUGAGUGAAAUGUCAGGGGCCCCUGGCUGGGGAGGAGGACCGGAUUUCUGUCUGUCCCCAGAAGGUGCAAGCCCUGACUGCUCCCUGCUGUCCUCAUAGACAACUAUUCUCCCACCCAAAGAUGUGCUCCAUUUCCUCGGGGGGAUGUGUGUAUGCAAUGAGUGAAGUGACUCUCAGGCCCAGUGUAGUGGUAGCUCUCAGGGACACAGACCAGAGAGUUACGGGCCACCGGUACCCUUUCCCGGGGAAGGGUGUCCGUGUCCUUGUACUUGCUAAGCACUCCAGGCUCUGCCCUGGCUGGCUGGCCGGGCUGCCCCCUGGGGAAGAGUGGGCACUCUCCUCAGCUCUUAGAGACGCUUCCAAGGUAGAUGAUGUGAGACACUCACCCAGCCUCCCAGGCUGUCCACCUGGGUGAAAACACACGAGGCCCUGAUGGCCACCCACUACUCUGCAGGGUCUUUCUGGUCAUCCCGAUUCCCCCAGGUAGCACCUGGACUUCUCCUGGCACUUAGCCUAAGGAACUUCCUUUCUGGGGAACCCAGUGAAGCGUGCCCAUCGUACACUCUGAGGAUCUGAUGAGAGCUGUGGAUCUUUCCCCCAGGAAAAUGCAAAUAGAGAGUGCGUGUGAGAGUGAGUGCAUACUGGGUGCACACUCACUGUUUGCACCGAUACCAGGUAACUGUGGCCCCCUGGGUGGGAUUUUGUGAAGGCCUGGCUCUCCGGCCUGCCCUGCCCAUUGUUUCAGGGGACAACGUGCUGUCCUUGGCGGGCAUGCUGCACCGGGCGGGUUCCACCUACCUGUUCUAGCCACUGCGCACGACUUCUCUUUACUUCUGCCUUGUGUGACCCUGCCCACUGUCCACAUGCCAGCCCUGGUUUCCUCCCUGCACCCCCCACCCCCACCCCCUUCUUCAGGAAGCCCUCCCUUGAGUGCUUGUGCAUUCAGCCUCCUGCCUGGGAACUUAGAGUAGAGCAAGUGAGGACCAGAGUACCCUAGAUCUACUUGUAAAUACUGGCCCUUUACCAGAGGCUGGGAUCUGGGGACCUAGGUAGGCAGUAACUGAUCUGGAUCCUUCUUUUGAGAAUGACACUGGACAGACAGCCCUCAGGCAGGGUCCUGGCUGGCUCAACCUUGGCACUGUUGACAAUUUGGAUCCCAUGAUUCUUUGAUGUUUGUAUAGGUGGGAAGGGGGGGAGGUGUCCUGUUCAUUGUAGGAUGGUUUGCAGUAUCCCUUGGCCUCUACCCACAAAAUGCUAAUAGCACUUGUAAUCCGGAAAACCAAAAAUGCUUGGAGUGGAGAGAGCAUAAAUCACCUGAUUGAGAACCUGAUCUAGAAUGUUCUCAUGAUUUUAAAGGGACAGAGAGUUGUGGGAGAUGGGGUUAAUGGCUAAUACCAUCCCCCUUACUCCCUCCCCCCAGCGCGCGCGCGCGCGCGCGCACACACACACACACACACACACUCACUCACUCACUCACUCUCACUCUCUCCUCAUAAGAUUCAGGGCGGAAGGUUGGAUUCUAAAAGUCUGGGAGAUUCCUGCUUCAGCGUCAGGGUUUGGUUCAAAUUUGUGCUUCAGGAGUGCCGCUGGCCACCGUGGAGAGAAUCCUGGCGUCCUUGAGUUUUCCCAGAAGUGGUUCAGGUUUCAGGGAGGCGGCGAUUGCGGGUGGCCGGACCGCCUGCCUGCCGCCCCCGCCCACCACUGUGAGUGCACCGCCAGGUUCGCAUCUUGCCUCGCCCGCCCGGGCCGGGCCUCUGCGCCGCUCAGUGUCCCUGGGCGCGCACCUGGCAGCUGACGCGGGCCCAGCGGAGCACCGGGCAUGCCCUCCCCCGCGAGCCCUGCGGGCGGGCCGGCCGCCGAGCACCCUGGGGAGCCACCGCCGCCCUGGGCCUGGGGCUCCGAGGCCGUGGACACCGGGGCGGGGGCGCCGCCUCUCCCCAAAGGUUCGGGGCGUGGGGAGGCCGAGACGCGGGAGUGCAUCUACUACAACGCCAACUGGGAGCUGGAGCGCACCAACCAGAGCGGCCUGGAGCGCUGCGAGGGCGAGCGGGACAAGCGGCUGCACUGCUACGCCUCCUGGCGCAACAGCUCGGGCACCAUCGAGCUCGUCAAGAAAGGCUGCUGGCUGGACGACUUCAACUGCUACGACAGGCAGGAGUGCGUGGCCACCGAGGAGAACCCCCAGGUGUACUUCUGCUGCUGCGAAGGCAACUUCUGCAACGAGCGCUUCACCCACCUGCCCGAGGCGGGCGGCCCAGAAGUCACGUACGAGCCACCCCCGACAGCCCCCACCCUGCUCACUGUGCUGGCCUACUCGCUGCUGCCCGUCGGGGGCCUCUCCCUCAUCGCCCUGCUGGCCUUCUGGAUGUACCGACAUCGCAAGCCCCCCUACGGCCACGUGGACAUCCACGAGGUGAGACGGGGGUGGCUCGGGGUGGGGCGGGGUAGAUCCUAUUACGGCCAGAUCCUGUUAAGCCCUGGAUCUCCCCAGGACCCUGGACCUCCACCCCCGUCCCCUCUGGUGGGCCUGAAGCCUCUGCAACUGCUGGAGAUCAAGGCUCGGGGGCGCUUUGGUUGUGUCUGGAAGGCGCAGCUCAUGAACGACUUCGUGGCUGUCAAGAUCUUCCCACUCCAGGACAAGCAGUCGUGGCAGAGUGAGCGGGAGAUCUUCAGCACGCCUGGCAUGAAGCACGAGAACCUGCUGCAGUUCAUUGCCGCUGAGAAGCGAGGCUCCAGCCUGGAGGCGGAGCUGUGGCUCAUCACGGCCUUCCACGACAAGGGCUCCCUCACGGAUUACCUCAAGGGGAACAUCAUCACAUGGAAUGAACUGUGUCACGUGGCAGAGACGAUGUCUAGAGGCCUCUCAUACCUACACGAGGAUGUGCCCUGGUGCCGGGGCGAGGGCCACAAGCCAUCUAUUGCCCACAGGGACUUUAAGAGCAAGAAUGUAUUGCUGAAGAGUGACCUCACUGCUGUGCUGGCUGACUUUGGCCUGGCUGUUCGGUUUGAGCCAGGGAAACCUCCGGGGGACACUCACGGGCAGGUGGGCACGCGGCGGUACAUGGCCCCCGAGGUGCUCGAGGGAGCCAUCAACUUCCAGAGAGACGCCUUUCUGCGCAUCGACAUGUACGCCAUGGGGCUGGUGCUGUGGGAGCUCGUGUCCCGCUGCAAAGCUGCCGACGGACCUGUGGAUGAGUACAUGCUGCCUUUUGAGGAGGAGAUCGGCCAGCACCCGUCACUGGAGGAGCUGCAGGAGGUGGUGGUUCACAAGAAGAUGCGGCCCGCCAUCAAGGAUCACUGGCUGAAACACCCGGGCCUGGCCCAGCUCUGCGUGACCAUCGAGGAGUGCUGGGACCACGAUGCGGAGGCUCGCCUGUCCGCGGGCUGUGUGGAGGAGCGAGUGUCCCUGAUCCGGAGGUCGGUCAACGGCACUACCUCGGACUGUCUUGUCUCCCUGGUGACCUCUGUCACCAACGUGGACCUGCCCCCGAAGGAGUCGAGCAUCUAAGCCCAGGACACGAGUGGAUCUCCAGACUCAGUAGAUCUGAAGAGGAAAGGAAAAAAAAAACAGAAAAAAAGUUGUGUUUUGUUUUGGAAAUCCCAUAAUACCAACAAACACAUAAAAUGCAGCUGCUAUUUUACCUUGACUUUUUAUUAUUAUUAUAAUUAUUAUAAUUAUUAUUAUUAAUAUUAUUUUUUGGAUUGGAUCAGUUUUUACCAGCACAUUGCUCUACUGUAUCGCAAACAGCGGACACGUCAGCAGGCGUUGAGGUGCUGAGCUGUGAAUGCAGAACCAGCGCCAUGCUGAAGAGCCUCGGCCACCUCCCGCCCUUCGGGGUCCAUUUUUCCCCGCUUUCUCUUUGUUUGUUGUCUCAGAACCUGUGACACAAAGAAACCCAUCCUGUCUUAGGAAACUUAAUGCUGCAAACUCUACCUAGAGGAACCUUUGAAGACUGUUACAUAAGAACACAUCUUCCUCAUGGGAGGAGUUUCCCUCUGCCCUCGUCCCCCUCCCGCCUCGCCUUUUACUGUGUUUUUCUCCCUUUUUAGACAGUGAGUUUAAGAAACAGCAGGCGUGUCUUUUCACGGAUUAACGGGUGUUGUCCUGACCGAGGAAAAACUGGACUGAGGAUGAGGAUGGUUUGGACUGGAGGGGAGGACGGAGCUGGGGGUGGGUUCUGGAGCAGAGCUACACUGGACUCGGGCACACUCGGAGCAACAUCCUUUGCUAUGAGACUACUUCUCAGGUAACCCGGAAUCGAGGGGAAGGAUCGUGUGAAGGCUGAGCAUGAAUGGCAAGAGUGGGGUUUGGAGAAAGUCUGAAAUCAGGUGUGGCUCUGGCCCAUCUGUGUGCCCUGUCCAGUUUUUCUUUUCACCCACUUGGGCUUGGGCAUAGGACACAACAUUUUUUUCUACCCUGAUUUUAAGGUUCGGCAAGGGUAGAAAUCAUCACGGUUUAGUGAGUACAGUCUUCAUGAGACAUUAUACUGUAAAUAUCUAUAAUGGAGGAAAAGUUGAAAUAGUUUCCUCCUGGAGCAGUUCAGGGAAAUGGCCACGGGGGGGUGCCCUGCACAGCCGGGGCGAGAGGAUUUCCUGGGUCCGGCCUGGCCAAGGCCUGUCUCUGGAGAGCCCCAGAGUCCUGCAGCGCUGGCUCUGUCUGUCCCUUUAUGUAGCUCGUGGACACAGCUUUCUCCAGACCCCCUUACAAGAGGUGCAUAUUCGAAAAAACCGUUUCUCUGUUUUGCCAUAACCUUGCUCUCGUCAGUGAAUGUUCCUAAUGCUGCUGUUUCAACCUUUGACUUUUUUUUUUUUUAAUUUAUGAAACAUGCAAAUUUUUAAAAGAAAAACAAAACACACACAUCCACACAAACGCUUUGCUAUGUGGCUUCCGAGGUUUAAAUUUUGAAAAGUAAAAGAAUUAAAACUUCACGACCACAGACCACCUCAAACCAGAAAUACCUCAGAAUUUUCUACUUGUGUAAGGUUUAUUAUAUAUUUUAUUAGUUGUGUUGUCUCGUAGUAAGUAUAUUUUAAUGUAAGUUGGCUUUUAUGACAAAGUUUAAAAGAAAUAGAGAAAAAGAAAAAAAGUUGUGAGUCUUCUAGGGAAUGCUCCCGUUUUUCGUUGAUAACAUCCCCUUGUAAAUAAUUGUCAUCCACUGUGGGUUGGCUGUCUGGGCUGAGUCUGGGCAUUCAUCACUCUUAUUGUGAAGGCGUUUCCUUCCUAUUGCUUUAGACCAUUUUAUUUGAAAACUGGAUCUCUUCACCUUGAGGGUAGGCGAGUUGGUGGGCGAUGGGGAGAGGUUGACUGGGGUGAGAAGGGGGGUCGCCUCCUCCUGAGUUUUUUAGAGGUUCCGCUGUUUCCCUCGACUUGAGAGGUCAUUGUUCAGAAUGACAGGCGACCCCACUUUAACCUGGGAAAACUGUGGCCUUUAGACCCCCAUGAGGUAAUUUUACUUGAGACUUAAUUUCUUAAGCAAAUCACCGGUGGCGCGAGGGGAACUGACCGGCAGGUCUCUGGAGCCAUGCUGCCCGGGCCGCCUGUGACGGCCGGGCCGGGUGGCGGGGGCGCUGGGCCCCCCAGGCUGGGUCCUCCUCUGCGUGUUUGGACACAGUGCGGUGGGAGGUGAGCUUUGCUUCAUGGGUCAAAAUGUGAGCUGGCCAGGGUGGCUCCAGGGACCGGUUUUUGUUUUUUUUUUUUAGUAACUUAUUUGUCUAUUUUUUCCUUUUCUUUUUAAAACUAUUUUGUGCUGUGGUAUUUUUUCUUCCCUUGGAAUGAUUUUUAACAGCAAAACAGGCCUUACAGCAGUUGCUUUUCUUUUCCACUUAUUUCUUUCAGAAGCUUUAAAAUAUUUAUUAAAAAGUGCCAUAUCUGGUUUCUCCAGCUUUUUCCUUACUUAGGUAGGCAGUGCUGGGCAUCUCUACUUUUCAACCCUCAGAAGAAACAAAUAAACCACUAAGAAAAUGUAGCUGAUUUCCGACAGGAAUGAUCGGAUCUCUGAUCCUAUCCCGUGUGGAACACUUAAGCCCAGCCUCUGUUUGGUUUUAGGUUUCCUCUGGGCAGUUUUUCUUUUGUGUGCUGGCUUGAUUCUCCUGAGAGCAAGUUUUGCCCUGCUACGGGACCUCUUUAGGCUGAGGCAGGGAUGAGGGUCCCCCUCUGCUGGCCCUGUGCCCAGCCACUGUCACUUCCUCGGGGCCGUGGCACCAGAAUGAGGUGUCAGGAAUCGGCCCCCGGGUGGCGUGUCUUGGCAGAGGGCUUCUGGUGGCACACGCGUGCUGUGCCGAGUGUCCCUGCCCAUGGUCGUGGCCAGGAGAAGGUGGGCGUCUCUCUCCCGACAUGCCGCUGGGGCCUGGGGGGCUCUUCUGCCUCUGAUGAAGUCAUCUUUUUCCUCACGAAUCCUCUGGGGAGCCAGCCAUCCGCGGCUCCGGCUUGUGCCGACGGGCUUGUGGGGCUCAGCCUGUGCUCAUCUCCACAGAUGCUUCACGCAAUCUCCAUUUCCAGGGAGCUCAUAUCACUCCUACAUUUUUUUUCUCUUUCCCUCCAAGCUCUGUGGAAGAGUGUGAGCUGUGGAGUCUGGUCUCAUCGUCCCUGCCCCGUUCAGGAUAGGAGGGUGGCCAAGUCAGAGGACAGAAGUGGCCCAGGACCCCUGCCCCUUCCUCCAGAGUGUGCUGUUGUCCAGGCAGGCUCCUGGCUGUGGAGAGUGUCUUCUCUUUGGUCACUCGUGGAGAGGUCUCCACUCACUCCAGUGUUCUUUCUUGGAGAAUCCCAGGGACAGAGCAGCCUGGUGGGCUGCCGUCUGUGGGGUUGCACAGAGUCGGACAUGACUGAAGCGACUUAGCAGCAGCAGCAGGGGAGGUCUCCUGAACCAGAGGGAGCCAGGAGUGAGCAAGGGAAGGAGGAGACACGUGGGGACAGAGGUCACUGUGUCACAGUGUUCCGCAGAGGACUCUUCAUCACAGGCCAUGGAAGGGCAUAGGCGUUAGCACAUCCUGGGGCCAUUGGUCCCUCCCCAGAGUCCUUCUCUGGUUGAAUUACUUGGGGUGUGAGGGCCACAGCCAGGUCCUUCUGAGGAGGAAGGGAGACCCAGCCUGGUGGCAGUGGGGUAAGCGCCGUGAGCCUGGUGUUCAGAUGGCCUUCUUGUUUUCUUGGCUCUCAGUAGGGACCCAAAGGGCUCAGUCCUGCUGGGGAGGCUUCCUUACAUGUGCCAGCUGCUUCUGAUGCAGACUUCAUCCUGUCUGCAUGGGGCGGCAUGUGUCCAGAAGAAGAGGGACCUUGUGCAGCCUCGGACAGCCUCAGGAUGCUUGAGCCGCCCACUCUUGCUUUCUCAGCCAAGGGAAAAAUUUGCUGUCUCCAGGCCCCCGAGGUGGUUCUGCCCCUGCCCCCAGGGACCAGGCCGACCCUCCUGUCAUGGCUGGUCCCUGCCUUAGGGAGCUGAGCAGGGGAUCCUGCGGUUCUUCUCUGUCUCCUUUCUCUCCAGCUGGCCGCCGUGCUGCUCCUCUUUGGGUGCUUGGGCUGCGUGUGUGAUGUUUCCUUCAUGGCAGGCCGAGCCGUGUAUUGAGGGUCCACCAUAUGUCGUGUAUGUGGCUCAGAGAGCCCCAUCCCUUGGCCCCUGUACUCUAAACCAUGAGGCCAGGGAGGGGGCUGUUCCAUUGGGGUGGGUGGACUAGAUGGCCCUCUUGAAAAUGGAAUUCUGCCUCUUCGAGAAUACAAUGUGAAGUUCCCAGCAUCUGUUGGCAAUACAAGGAUUUUUUUUUUUUUUUUUUAAGUAAUAUAGUGAGCGUAUGUACGUAAGUUUUUAGAAUUGGUACUAGAAGUGAAGGGGCUUCCCAGGUGGGGCAUUGGUAAAGAAUCUGCCUGCAAUGCAAGAGACGUGGGUUCAGUCCCUGGGUGGGGAAGAUCCCCUGGAGUAGGAAAUGGCAACCCACUCCAGGAUUCUUGCCUGGAAAAUUCCAUGGAUAGAGGAGCCGGGUGGGCUGUAGUCUGUGGGGUCGCAAAGAGUGGCAUGUGACUGAGAACGCAUCCUAGCAGUUGAACAGCCGGGCAUUAUCACAGAGAACUUGGCUUACUAAAAAAAAUACCUAACCUGGAAAGCAUUUUCCGGGAGUUAACUCCGUUUGUCAGUCCCAGCUGUUUCUGAAUCUUUGGAGAGAUGGCCAGGCCUGCCUCAGACCUGACUCUUCAAGAAGCACAGGGAACUGACUGACUACCCCCACCCCCAACCCCAUCCCACUCCCUCCCCUUUUGGUUCAGGGCAAGCGGCCAAAAAAGAAAAGGAGACAAGGUGGCUUUUUCUGGUCAAUGGCUGUUUACAAAAGCUGGAAUAGUAUAAUACUCAGCAGCUAAUGUGUUCAGCCUAGGAAUGAUGAUUUCAAGUCUCAAUCAGGAGUUAUGUUUUAGGCAAAGAAACCGGCCCAGUGAUUCAGUUGAUGAACUGUUUGUUUUUCUUCUUAGCCUAGAUUUGUAAACAAUGAAUUCAGGGUUAUAGGCAUGUUCUUUAAGUAAGAUUCCUGACAGUUAAUUUGCAACCAGCAAUCCACCUAUGAAUGUAUCCCAGACCCUUAGGAGGCUUGGGGAAGUUGUUUUUUUUUUUUUUAAAGAGGAUUUAGUUUUGUAGCAAAAAUAAAUGGAAUUUUAAAAUGCACCCCUUCCCUUGGAAAUUAAUUCAUGUGACUCAGCCACACUUGAAAAACAAUUACAGUUGGCCCUCCGCAUCCAUGGGUUCCUCAUUCUCGGGUUCAUCCAACCUCGAAUCAAAGAUAUUUUGGGGGAAAAAAUUACAAAAAGUUCCAAAAAUCAAAACUUGAAUUUGCCACUUCCUGGCAACUCUUUACAUAGUACUUACAUUAUAUUUACAAGUCUUUACAUAGUAUUUUAUUAUAUUAGGUAUUACAAGCAAUCUGGAGGUGAUUUCAAAUGUGCGUCAUUUUAUACAAGAGGUUUCUGCAUCAGUGGAUUUCGGAUCUCCACCCCGCAACCCUCCAUAUAGAGGGAUGACUGCAGUGGGUCCAGGAGAACUACAAAUUACCAUCAAGUAGAAGUCCAGAUUAUCUAGUGGGAUAUUUUGAAUAUUCUUGUUUUAAACUCAUUUUGUGUUCACUGUAAACUUUGGUUUGGACAGAAUUUUGAAUUGAAAGGAUUUACCACUACUGAAAAUUUUUACAGCUUUUACAUCAUUGUGACGGUAUCUUCCAGGUAUGAAUGAAGCAGGAUUUUGUGAUUGUGAUCCUCCAUAUAUCCCUGUAGUGCCAAAACCAGUGAGAUUUUAUUUGCUCCUAUGGCAGCUUGUAGCGAUAAGACAAGUGUUUUUUCCUCAUGAAUUAAAACACAUAUUCUCUGAAUGCCAGCAUGUGGAGAUGGGCUUUGCACUGCCCUUUCCAGGAGUGUCUUUGGAUUGUCUGGAGCCUAGGCAAUUCUGAGAACUACUGCAAGCCAACUACAGGACACUAAAGAAAUAUACACGCAGACGUGUGUGUGUAUGCAGUGGAUUCUACAACUGUGGGCUUUUCUGGACAUCCACAGAAACGUGUUUCCUUCACUUGUAAAGUUUACAUUUUGAAGCUCACAGUUACAAAAAAUAGGACCCAUUAGCUCAUGCUUUUCAGGCAGAUGUGGAUGGGUCUUUUUUUUUUGCAAAUGGAGGAGUCCUGUCUUGAGCCCUGGGAAUUUCUGCUGUGGGUUGGGUGCGGGCUCAUUCCUGGAUUCUCCCAAUCACGUUCGCAUUGGAAUGUUGUUAGGUAGCAUUGUAAAUAAAAGAAUAGGUUAUAUAAUAGAGAUACGACACUUGAAAUUUUACUUUAAGAAAUCUAUAGCACUACAUAUAUAUUUAGUUAUAUCACCCAACAGAUUUCUUCUGCACAGUGUGGAGAUUGUUUUAUACCACAGAUUAUUUUUAUAAAGUCUAGUGAGUUUGAGUAAGAAUGAUUUUGUAAUCAGAGUCAUGAGCUUUACCUUCCAAGAUAAGUGUACACUGGAGUGUGAGUGGUGUGGGGCUGCCCCUGAGCGCUCCUGCGGCUUCUUGUUGAUACACUGGCACAUUGCAGUCCACCGAUGGGUCUUGUUUGGCCCAAAACUCCACUUGCAGGCUGUCUGCAUGAGGCAGUCUGCUGAGGAGAGGGGCUGGGAGAGGCCAGAGGAUCCUGCCGUGUGCUCUAUAUACGUGCUUCCUCCUGAGGUUUCUUUUGAACAAAGGCUUCUGAGGUGAAUAAUUCCUUUGUAAGUUACUCUCAUGGGUGUAGUGGUGUGAAGGGGUUUCGGGGAACAGAAAUUGUACCAGGGUGCAGAUUAGGGUGGCUUGGGACUCAAGUAAGAUUCAGGCAACAAAUGGGUAAAACGAGGAUUUGGUGAUUGGAGAAAUCUGCCAAACUGAAUGAUCUCAGACCAAACUAUCCAGUUUUUCAGGAGAGAAUUCUCCGUUCGGAAAGGGAGGGGCAUGGUGUCUGGAUACUGCGAUCAGAGUAAAUGGAGGGCUGCCCGCCCUGUCUGUCUGCUCUAUUAAGGCUGCUGGGAGGCGAGAGGGGCUGGGCCGCUUGAGUCUAGCGAGCAACCCUGGAGCCCGCGGAGGAGGCUCAGAACCAUGUGCCAGCAGGGCCUCUGCCCAACGUCUACAAGGCUUUCCUGCUCUUCCUACAAAGGUCAGCAUCACUGCCGUGAUGUGGAAGGCGGUCUUGACCUGUUAGGUUUUUGGGUGGAGAGUGGAUGGUCACUGGGGUGAGCCUUUCUGACGGGGUUAGGCAUGUAGCUAAUACUCUGUGUCCACAGUUGCUGAAGGCCUGGCUUCAGCCGCUGGGUUCAAAGGUGCGCUGGUUGGGACGGUGUUGUCAGGAGAGUCUCUCAUGUGUCUUGUUAAACCCGCUGUGCUUCUCUUCGGUCUGGCCGAGAGUAUCGUUUUACGCCACCCCUUUUAUACUUGAAUGAACUGAGUUUCGGAGGAUCCAGGAGCACUCUGGGCAUCGACCCUCGGCCCUUUCCUGUUCCCCAUCAAAGAACGUUUGUCUGCCCUCCAGCCACGCGUCUUGGAAUGUAAUUCUGUUGUGCCUUUGUUUUGUCACCUGCCUCCCCCCAAAAGCAACUGCUGUAAGCUUUUUUCUACUUGUCUUUUCUAGCCAGAAAUCCCACCUUUUUCCUUUUUCCCAGCUGUAUUUUCUGGAUGCAGUUCUGUGCUCCAGGUGUGUUAAGAACCAGUUACCUCAGACCUCGUGUUGGAACAGUGUCACCGUCUGGGUCCUCUCGAAACUGCAGGCUUGCGACACGCACACGCGCACACAGACACGCACGCACGCACGCACGCACGCAGGAACCCUGCCGAGUAUGGGUACUCGUUUGUUUUAAAGUAAAACUCUUCCCAAGGAUUGAAAAAAAGGGCUUCUGGCAAGCUCUUCGCGGCCCUGUGGUGGGAUGGGUCUUGAGUGUCAUCUGAACGGUGCUUCCCGUGCUCCACUCUGAAUCCUGCCAUUUUCAGUAUUCUUGUGUCUGAAUGGGCAAGGUGAUUCAGUAGGUUGGCCUUGUUCACAAAUGAGUUCUGAAAAUGAGCUCUUUGUAACACACGUCCAGUCACUAAAGCUCGAGCGUAGAACAUUCCCUUAAAUGGCAGGAUCGAACCCCCCACCCACCCCAUCCACCGCAGUGCAUUUUGGGAAGAUGUCUGUAGCAUACGUUGCUGUGAAAUUAGGCCUUGCGGGUUAUGGCUGUUUGUCAUUUUGAUGUAUUUUAAAUAAAUAUAUAUAUAUAUUUUUAAAGAGCCUUUUUUUUUUUUUUUUUAAAAACCAGUUCAGAAAGUUUAAUUAACCAGCAGUCACCACAUCUGAAUUUGCGUCUCCGGGGCGUAGAUGGCAGACCAAGAUUAAAGUGGUAACUCGGCCCUUGUGAGCUGGGCUGCCUGCCUGGCCGGUGCUGCUGGUCGUGGGACAGCACGGUCAGCGUGUCCCCGCUGGGUCCCAGCGCAGCCCUCAGAGUGCGCGCUCUGCUUUCUGCAGGGGCUUUAGCUGAGGCUUUCUCAGAGCACUGCCACAAGUUAGGUGUCUGUUUCGCCGAAUAGUUUUUCCAUAAGCGAGAAACACACUCAUAGAAAUCUUACCAGCAGCGGCAGAGAUGAGAGUAGGAUGAGGCAACAGCUGGAGUUUGAGUUGGAAGGUGUCCAGGUCAUUUUCGAGAGGCUGUCUGAGAGCCAGUGACCAUGCAGAGAUUCUUAGGAGACCUCAUCUGAGAGCCUGACGACCUCCUGGGAGGGGAAGACUUGUUAAAAUGCCAGCGUCUUUUUUCCUCCCCCCUCCAUUUUAUUUUUCUUCUAGAAUUCUGUAAAAAUGCAAAAGUAAAUUAGGUGGUACUUGAGAAUUGGGGGGGUGAGGGUUACCGCAGAUGAGAAACAUACUUUGAGAUUUCAGUUCCACACCACAAAUCCACAUGAUGCCAUUUUUCAACUGUACAAAAAGAAUCUGCUUAUGAAUUUGACAUAUUUAUGGUAGCAUCAAAGGCCAAAUUUUCCAUGUGUUAACAUUUUUCCACAUUUGUCCUUGAAUCUGAAUAACUUCAUACAGUACUGUAAAUUCAACUUAUAUUGAGUUUGAUGUCAGUUCUUGUGAAAAGAGCUUCUCCUUGCAACAGACACACAGUUAAAGAACACAGCAGAGUACAUUUGCAGGACCAAUUUUGGAACCAAUAGAUGUCACCUCUCAUUUGCCAUCGUUAUAUAUCAGUUUUACCAGCUCCUUCUAAAUGUUUGUAUUAUUGUAAGGAAAAGACAGAAAACCCUAAGACUUGUCUAAUAACUUUGUGCAGAAUGUGUGUGUUGGGUUUAGGAUGGAUAGCAAAGUCUUCUUGAGCUGUGUUAUCUAACUUGUAUAUAAAACUGUAAUUAAAAGUUUGGAUUCACCUGUUUCUCGCCGUUUACAAUGAUGAAUAAUUUGCAAACUCUGGAAAUGUGACUAGGAUAUGAUUUCAGACAGUAGAAGUUGAGGAAGCUCUUCAAGUGCUAAAACUAAAGACUUCUUGUUUUUGGCUCAAAUUCAAUAAGUACUGUGUACCAGGAUAUGUGAGAUGUAAAUGUAAUAGGUCACUUUUCACCCUUGUAGCUAUACAAUAAAAAUUUUGUAGAACAGAAA